CUUACUCUGUUCCUCAUUGUUUCUUCAUAGUUUUGUUUCGCUUCUGAUUUCUCUCUUCUAAUGUUUUCAAUAAUAAACGACGACGCAAAUACAAUUACGGAGACAUUCUUGCCUCUCAAGAAACGAAUGAGACUUAGUGACGAACCAGAACAAGCCCUAGUGGUUGCGUCUGCGAUAAAGACGGUUGCCGUCUCAGGCAAUGUCAAGUACAAAGGAGUGGUUCAGCAGCAGAACGGUCACUGGGGUGCUCAGAUCUACGCAGACCACAAAAGGAUUUGGCUUGGAACUUUUAAAUCCGCUGCUGAAGCCGCCACGGCUUACGACAGUGCAUCCAUCAAACUCCGGAGAUUCGAUGCCAACGCUCACCGGAACUUCCCUUUGUCUGAUAUCACCGUCCACGAACCGGACUUCCAAGAUUGCUACGAAGUAGAAUCUGUCCUGAACAUGAUCAGGGACGGUUCUUACCAGCACAAGUUCAGAGAUUUUCUCAGAAUCCGAUCUCAGAUCGUCGCGAGUAUCAACAUCGUCGACGGAUCAAAACAAGUGAGAGGAGAAGUAGAUCAAGAAUCAGACAAGUGUUUUUCUUGCACGCAGCUGUUUCAGAAGGAGUUGACACCGAGCGAUGUAGGGAAACUGAAUAGGCUUGUGAUACCUAAGAAGUAUGCAGUGAAGUAUAUGCCUUCCAUAAGCGAUGAUCAAAACGAGAAAGAAGAAGGCGAGAUAGGAGGAGCUGUGGAAGAUUUGGAGAUUGUCUUUUACGACAGAGCAAUGAGACAAUGGAAGUUUAGGUAUUGUUACUGGAAAAGUAGCCAGAGCUUUGUCUUCACCAGAGGUUGGAACAGUUUCGUCAAGGAGAGGAAUCUCAAGGAGAAGGAUGUUAUCAUCUUUUACACUUGCGAUGUCCCCAACAACGUUAAGACAUUAGAAGGUCAAAGCAAUAACUUCUUGAUGAUUGAUGUUCAUUACUUUUCAGACAACGGCUCCGUUGUCCCUGAGAAAGUAAACAUGACGGCUCAUGGCAGUUCAGAGGAAAGAAGGAAAACAGAAAACUUCGUUAGCUCGAAGUUAGAAGAUAAAGUAACCAAAACAGAGGAGAACAAAGGAAGCUUUAUGCUGUUUGGUGUAAAGAUCCAAUGUUCUUAG